AAUAUUUAUGUUUCAGUCCAUUACCAGUAACUCUUCCUAAAAAAGCAAAUGGAUCUGCAGAACAUGCAAAAUCAAAGUGUGCAUUUUGUUCUGUCCACUGAUGCCAAACCAAGGCUAAAAUGGACUCCUGAGCUUCACCAACGAUUCAUUGAGGCGACUAAUCAGCUUGGAGGUGCACAUAAGGCAACCCCAAAGAGUCUUAUGAGGGUGAUGGGAAUUCCAGGACUUACUUUGUACCACCUGAAGAGCCAUUUACAGAAAUAUAGACUUGGGAAAAGUCAACAGCUAGAAACCGGCUCUGACAACAAACAAGAUGAUUACAGAGAAAUCAAGAGCAGUGAUGGUCAUUGCAGCAGGGAAAUCAGUAUUGGGGCCCAGAAUCAAAUUACUGAAAACUUGCAGAUAGCUCAGGCUCUCCAAAUGCAAAUGGAAGUACAAAGGGAACUUAAUGAACAUAUUGAGGUGCAGAAACAUUUGCAGCUUAGAAUUGAAGCUCAAGGGAAGUAUUUACAAUCAGUGCUAAUAAAGGCACAGGAAGCACUUGCAAGAUACAAUUCUUCCCCAGUGGGUAUAGAACUCACAAAAGCUGAACUUUCUCAGCUAGUUACAAUAAUCAACAAUGCUUGUCCGCGUUCUCCCAUCUCAGAACUGACAGAAACAAGAGGGUUAAGCUUAAACUGUGGGGAGAUGAAACAAGACAUAGGAACUAUGUCUUCACUGGAAAGUUCUUUAACAUCUUUUGAAAGCUGUGGGAGAAAGGAAGAGAAAGAACCAACGGAAGAAAUAGGGUACUUAAAUUCCAAUACUAUUUCACUUGAAUUGCCAUUAAUGACCAUUGGAGAUUCAAGUAGUGAAGCUAGUGGGAGAAAGAGAAGUGCAGCAACCAAAUCUGAUGGUAGCUGUGUCGAGCAACCAUAUGGGAAAAGAUGUGACAACAAUUUGAGGAAAACCAAGUUGUCAGAAAUGCUUGACUUGAACAGCCAAUACCAAAGUGACAUGGACUCCACAAGUUCAAAAACAUUAGACUUAAAUUGCAGUUUAAGCUUUUGGGAACCAUGAAGAUGGUUUAUACUUUCUAGUUAUGUGAACUUACGCAGCAAAAUCAUAAUCAGAAAAAAAUAAAAAAAUCUGUUUGUAUAGUAUGUAUAUUUUAUUAUAAUGAAAAGAAAGAACGAUUGAGUGUAUAAC